GAGCUCCUCGGGCACGCGUCCACCCUCAGAGACACCAUCUAUCCAGCCAUGUACGGCUACGUGGGCAGCGAGGACAGGGCCAGGCUGGCGAGGCUGGACGCCACGUCCUCCUGAGGAGCUGGGCCGGGUUCCUGGCGCUGGGGAGCAGGACGCACUGGGACGCGCUGUGCGCCUUGCGGCUCCUGGCCAAGGCCCGCAGGGACGUCCUGGUGCUGCUGUGCUCGUCCGUGCUGGCGGCGGCCAACGGCUCCCUCGAGGUGGCGGACGUGGUGUACAGGUACGAGAUCGUUGAGCUGACGAGGACGAGGAGCUUCGAGUGGGCAACCUGGAGGCGGAAGUUCAAAGCCCUGGUUGGCGUCCGCAUCGUCCGUUGGAUUCUGUGGCACCUGUGCGACCGCGUGAAGAUGGUGGGGCAGAGUGGGCUGGAGCACAGCCUGCGCACGAUGAUGUACGCCGCACUGCUGCGUCAGGACUUCAGCUGGUAUCGCCUCGGUCAGCGGGAUCAACGGGACGUCAGGGCAAUUUUUGACCAAAUCUUCAAGAUGCCCGAGCAGGUCAAAGGAGUGCUUGGUGCUGUCACGUCCUCUAUCGAGGUUGCGGCGAGCACUGUGGGACAGGCUAUCGUGGCGUACCGGAACAGCUCCAGCCUGCUUUCUUUCUUGGUUGCUCUGAAGUGGGGGUCCCAGGUGCUUGAGCAGGUGGUCCGCUGGCUGGUUGGCAGGGUGCAGGAGAGGAUGGAGCGCGAAGCGGUGAAGGUGGAACUGCAGUGGAUCGAGCCGCUGGUGCCAGAAAACCUGUCCACCGUGCGCUCCAACACAGCGGAGGGGCGAACUCUGAAGCACUGGGAUAUGUUCUGGCAGCACAACAUGCGCAAGGAUCAUCGGAAGUCAGUUGUCUACCUGAUGCUGGCUCCCUUCUUCUUACUGUAUGAGCAGCUUGUGCCGCUGGGGUCCCUCGUCUGCUCUGCUCAGCUCGUGAAGCGGGGGGAGCUUGAGGUCGUGGACUUCGAUGCCACGAGGACGAUGGCCGAGAGCAUCGGGGCCUCGGCCCAGAAGCUCCUGUCGGCCGCUCUCGACGCGAGAGACAACAUAUUCCCGCUGGCGCGGGCCUGGGAGAUCAUCACCACCGGGCCCACAAUCGGCCUCGAGGGCGGCGUCGUCCCUGAGGGCCGCGCCUCUGGAGCGAUUGCCUUCGAGGGCGUGGAGUUCGGCUACGAGGAGGGCCGGCGGACCAUCAAGGACAUGAGCUUUGAGGUUGGUGCUGGCACGACGUGCGCGAUUACAGGCGCGACAGGCGGCGGCAAAAGCACGAUCUUCAAGCUGCUGCAGCGGUUUUACGACCCGACGGCUGGUAGAAUACUGCUGGACGGCAGGGACAUCCGUGAGCUGAGUCCGUCGUGGCUCCGGAGGCAGCUGAGCGUGGUUGAUCUCGAGCACCCGCGCGUCUUCUCCACGUCCCUCCGCGCGAACCUGACCUACGGCUGCGAUGACGACCCCCCCGACGAGGCGGUCGAGGCCGCCUGCAGGGCCGCGGGGAUCCACGAGCUCGUCUUCGAGAGCCCCGAGCGCUUCCCGGCCGGGCUGCACUCGCGGGUGUCGCAGCACACCCUGAGUGGCGGGGAGCUGCAGCGGUUGUCCAUGGCGCGGGCGCUGCUGCGCGACGCGCCCGUGGUGCUGCUGGACGAGGCCACCAGUAGCCUCGACAGCCGCACGCAGCGGCACGUGAACGCCGCGCUGGCCCGCCUGAGCUCUGGCAAGACCGUGCUGACGAUCGCCCACCGCCUGGAGACCAUCAAGGACGCCGGGCAGACCCUGUGCGUCGAGGGCGGCGCGAUCGUGGAGCGCGGCUCCCACGCCGACCUCGUCGCAAGGGGGCCCGUGCUGAGAGCUGCCGCGCUCGGGCCGCCAACAGCCCUCGUGGAGACGCAGGGCCGGGCGCCAGGUGCUGGCACGGCCCGGCGGUCGGCCAGCAGUUGUACGGCCGCUAGCUUGGUGAAGCCGUCAGCGAACUGGCUCGUAGAACUGAUCCAGUGCCAGCCCGUCGCGCUCGCCGUCAUCCGCUCCUUCAUCACCCGCACCUCGAUGUCUGUGCGCAUGCCGUCUAAGUUGUACACGUGGGGCUUCCUGGGCCGCGUCGUAGAGAGCCUUGGCUUGGUGCCCUCGGCGCAGACCGUGGCUCCAGAUCCCAGGUUCAGAACCCCCUCGGGCCUGGAGUGCGCGUGCGCGCUGGAAGGCGCGGCCCUGCUUUCCGUGGCGUCCAGCUCCGCAGGACAGUGCUCGCAGGAGCAGGCGAAGAAGGGCCCGCGACCGCUCUGGCUCGGGACCGCGGCCCGGGACCCCGACCUCUGCGCCUCCAGCCCCGACCCACGCGCCGAGGGCAGCCCGCGCUCGACGCCCCGUUGUGGCGCCGCCGGGCCGCCCCGCGACCACGCCCGCCGCCCCGCCGCGAUGUACGACAGCCGCACGGACCUGCGGCUCCGCGACCGCUUCCGGCAGGACAAGCCCGCCGCCCCGAGGCACGCGGACCUCCAGCGCACCUCGCCGCUCGCCGCCGCGGGCCUCGGCGCCCCGCGCCCCGCCUCCAGCCGGCUCCUCGCAGCCGCGGCGGCCGCGCAGCGGCCGCGGCCCGGCGAGCCGCGCAGCCCGAUGGGCCAGCCUCAGCUGCGGCAAGCUGCCGCGUCAGAGGAGGUGUGGCGCCUGGCGCAGGAGCUGCAGAAGCCCGCGCUGGUGGAGUCGCCCUCGGCCCUGACGAGGGCCCCGCACGGCAGGGGCCGGCGGAGGUCCUUGUCCAUGCCCUCGCUCUCGACGCCCUUGGCGGCGGGGCAGCCGACGCCGCCCUCCAGCGCCUCCUCUCGAGGGCCCCGCCGCGAGGCCGCUCCCUGCCUCGAGCCGACGCCCAGCCCCCCGCGGCGGCGCAGGGACCGCCACCACACCGCGGGCACGCCGGCGGAGUGGCCUGCGGGCUGGGUCCCCCGCCCGGAGCCGACGCCCCCCGGGGAGCCGACGUACUCUGGGAAGCCGAAGUCCCACGAGGGCGACGACGCGGAGCCCACGUCCCCAGAGGCGUCGGCCGCCGCGAAGAGCCUGUCCAUGCCGGUGCCCUGCCGCCCCCAGCUCCGCAGCUCCGUCUUCUCGGUCUCGGCGGGCGGCCCCCGCGCCUCGAUCCGCCCGGGCUCCGCGGCGCCGGUGAUGGCAGACGGCUCCGCAGGCUCCGCGCCCGCCGCGGGGGGCCUGGACAUCCCCGCAGGUCUCCUCGACCGCCCCCCGAAGCGCGGGGAGACCAUGCCGCCGGUGCCGAAGCCCUCGACGCCGGUCCUGGAGCAGAGGGAGCUCGACCCCGUGGUCGAGAUCUUCAAGUAUGCGAGGGAGAUGGCCAUUCCAGUGGACGGCAUGCGGAUUGCCUACGGCCUGUUCAAGACGCACGCGACGGUACCACGGGACGGCAGCCUGCUGAGGGAGGGCUACCUUACCCAGAAGAACCUCGGGCCCCUCUUGAGGGAUAUGCUCGGCAACGAUACUGCUUCGUGGGAUGCUGAUGAGGAGAAGGUUUUUAUAGCUCGCGCCCUAAAGUUCUCGAACAAAGUUGAAAACGGAUCCUUGAAUUUCCGCGAAUUCGCCAUCUGGUACAGCAGCCAUUGUUUUGUUGAGGACUUCCACUUGGACGCGAAGGAGCAGAAGCUGCGCAAGCUCGCCCGCAAGCUGGGCGUAUCCGCCAACGAGAUUGACGUCUUUAAAAGACACUUCGACUCUUUCGAUGCAGACGGCAGCGGCAAUAUCGACGAGGAGGAGUUCAGGGACGUGCUGUACAAGUGCGGCAAGGUUCCCAAACACAUCGGCCUUCCGGUCGGCCGGAUCAGACAGAUGUGGAUGCAGGCGGACAUUGACGGCAGCGGGGAGAUUGAUUUCGAGGAGUUCGUGGUCUUCUGCAUCAAGUACUUCGCGCAGGACGGCAGCAGCGACGCCAACCGCUUCGAGAGCUGGUACUCCCAGGGGCCCGGCGCGCCCUCCGCCGGCCGGCCGGGCAGCGGCGCCCCGAGGUGACGCGGGCGGGCUCGGCCGAGCCGGCGCCCAGCACCCAGACGACACCGGCCGUCGAUGCUCUCGGCUUUUUUUUCGGCCCGAGUCGGGCGUGUCCCUCCACAGGAGGAGAACGCCAUCAUGCCAGGGAGAAGCCCAAGCGCAAUCUCUUGGGGUGCUAUAUAGGCUGAGGGGCUACGGGGCUAGAGGGCCGUAGGGCUGCAAGGGCUCGGCCUCUUCGCACGCUCCGCCCCGAUGGGGCCGGGGCUAAUGCCCGUGGGAGCGGCCCCUUACGUUCCCUUCUCGGCGUCAGCGCGCGCGCCAGCCGCGCCGCGCGGGGCACGGGGUGGACCGCGCCACCACCUCGUGCGCGCCAGCAUCGGUAGGAGUUCCCUCAAGCCAGUAUAGGCGUUUUCGGCUCCUCUGGCUUUUUUUUUUGUUUUUUUUUUUUUUGAAUUCUGCUUCGCGCAGAGUGGCCGCUGGGAUAGUUGUCCUCUCCUCCUCUCCUUGGCACGGG